CCAGCGAGUUCAACCAUGAAAGUCCUGGUGAUCGUGUCCGCUGUCCUGGCCGCUGCGGCAGCCCAGUACCUGCCCUACGCUGGGUAUGGCUACGCGGGAUUCCCGUACGCCGCCGGGUACAGCCUCGCUUCUCCUCUCUACAACACCUACAAUGCUCAUCCCCUGACCUACACGGCUGCUGCCCCGUACACGACCUACAACGCCGCCCCGUUCUCGUACGCUCCGUACACCACGUACGCCGCCCCCGUGCCGGCCUCCGUCAGCUCUCAGUACCACGCCCAGGACGAGCUCGGCAGCUACAGCUACGGCUACGCUGACGGCCAGAGCACCAAGCACGAGAACAAGAACGCCUACGGUGGCACCGUCGGCUCGUACAGCUACAGGGACGCCAACGGCAUCGUCCAGACGGUCAGCUACGUGGCCGAUGCGGCCGGCUUCCGCGUGAAGGCGACCAACCUGCCGGUGGCCCCGAAGGCCGACCUGGCCGCGCCCGUGCACUCGCUGGUCGGCCCGGCUCCCGUCGACGACACUGCCGAGGUGAAGGCCGCCAAGGCCGAGUUCCAGCGGCUGUACGACGAGGCUGCCGCCGCCGCUGAGGCCGCCCCUGACGCGCGCAAGAAGCGCAGCGCCGUGGCGCCUCUGCCCGUCAGCGACACCCCCGAGGUGGUCGCCGCCAAGGCCGAGCACGCCCGCCUGUACGCCGCCGCCGCCGCCGCUGCCGACGCCGCCCCCGACACCGACGGCCCCGUCUACACCCCGGCUGUGUACUCCGGCUACGCCCCGACCUUCUACUCGGGCUACGCCGGUGUGGCUCCGUCCUUCUACGCGGGCGUGCCUGCCAUCCGUCCGGCCUCUGGCUUCUCGUACGGCUACAGCUCCGCCCACCUGCCCUUCUACGGCCGCUACUUCUACCGCGGUAUAAAACCGGCCUCCACCGGGCCUCACACACCACAGUCACCAGCGAGUUCAACCAUGAAAGUCCUGGUGAUCGUGUCCGCUGUCCUGGCCACUGCGGCAGCCCAGUACCUGCCCUACGCUGGGUACGGCUACGCGGGAUUCCCGUACGCCGCCGGGUACAGCCUCGCUUCUCCUCUCUACAACACCUACAAUGCCCAUCCCCUGACAUACACGGCUGCUGCCCCGUACACGACCUACAACGCCGCCCCGUUCUCGUACGCUCCGUACACCACCACCACGUACGCCGCCCCCGUGCCGGCCUCCGUCAGCUCUCAGUACCACGCCCAGGACGAGCUCGGCAGCUACAGCUACGGCUACGCUGACGGCCAGAGCACCAAGCACGAGAACAAGAACGCCUACGGCGGCACCGUCGGCUCGUACAGCUACAGGGACGCCAACGGCAUCGUCCAGACGGUCAGCUACGUGGCCGAUGCCGCCGGCUUCCGCGUGAAGGCGACCAACCUGCCGGUGGCCCCGAAGGCCGACCUGGCCGCGCCCGUGCACUCGCUGGUCGGCCCGGCUCCCGUCGACGACACUGCCGAGGUGAAGGCCGCCAAGGCCGAGUUCCAGCGGCUGUACGACGAGGCUGCCGCCGCCGCUGAGGCCGCCCCUGACGCGCGCAAGAAGCGCAGCGCCGUGGCGCCUCUGCCCGUCAGCGACACCCCCGAGGUGGUCGCCGCCAAGGCCGAGCACGCCCGCCUGUACGCCGCCGCCGCCGCCGCUGCCGACGCCGCCCCCGACACCGACGGUCCCGUCUACACCCCGGCUGUGUACUCCGGCUACGCCCCGACCUUCUACUCGGGCUACGCCGGUGUGGCUCCGUCCUUCUACGCGGGCGUGCCUGCCAUCCGUCCGGCCUCUGGCUUCUCGUACGGCUACAGCUCCGCCCACCUGCCCUUCUACGGCCGCUACUUCUACGUGUAUGUGUCCGCUGUCCUGGCCGCUGCGGCAGCCCAGUACCUGCCCUACGCUGGGUAUGGCUACGCGGGAUUCCCGUACGCCGCCGGGUACAGUCUCGCUUCUCCUCUCUACAACACCUACAAUGCCCAUCCCCUGACCUACACGGCUGCUGCCCCGUACACGACCUACAACGCCGCCCCGUUCUCGUACGCUCCGUACACCACGUACGCCGCCCCCGUGCCGGCCUCCGUCAGCUCUCAGUACCACGCCCAGGACGAGCUUGGCAGCUACAGCUACGGCUACGCUGACGGCCUGAGCACCAAGCACGAGAACAAGAACGCCUACGGCGGUACCGUCGGCUCGUACAGCUACAGGGACGCCAACGGCAUCGUCCAGACGGUCAGCUACGUGGCCGACGCCGCCGGCUUCCGCGUGAAGGCGACCAACCUGCCGGUGACCCCGAAGGCCGACCUGGCCGCGCCCGUGCACUCGCUGGUCGGCCCGGCUCCCGUCGACGACACUGCCGAGGUGAAGGCCGCCAAGGCCGAGUUCCAGCGGCUGUACAACGAGGCUGCCGCCGCCGCUGAUGCCGCCCCUGACGCGCGCAAGAAGCGCAGCGCCGUGGCGCCUCUGCCCGUCAGCGACACCCCCGAGGUGGUCGCCGCCAAGGCCGAGCACGCCCGCCUGUACGCCGCCGCCGCCGCCGCUGCCGACGCCGCCCCCGACACCGACGGCCCCGUCUACACCCCGGCUGUGUACUCCGGCUACGCCCCGACCUUCUACUCGGGCUACGCCGGUGUGGCUCCGUCCUUCUACGCGGGCGUGCCUGCCAUCCGUCCGGCCUCUGGCUUCUCGUACGGCUACAGCUCCGCCCACCUGCCCUUCUACGGCCGCUACCUCUACUAACUAAGCUGCAGCCUUCCACUUUGACAGUUCGUUUCUUUGCACAGUUUCAUGAACGCUCAUCACCGAUGAUAAACGCCUGAAUACAUUAUCAUAUAUUUU